CGCCGUUCCCUUCAGAUCUGAGCGCUCCCACCGCUGCGCGCACCAGCUAUCAGACAAUCAGGACGUGAACCUGCUCACAGCUAUGACCCCGCUGCUCUCUCUACCUGGAUUAACUCUCAAGUAGGCCUGUUCGUCGCCCCUCCACCCCCCCCACCCCCUCUGGCAUCAUCACUCCACAGCAGCAGCAGCAGCAGCACCAGCAGCAGCAGCAGCAGCAGUAGCCUCCUCGCCGGCUCCUCCGUCCUGCGCCCCAGCCUCCCAACUCUCAGCUUUGUUCUGCGGCCAUGGGGUGCGUUGUGUCCUUUUUGCCUGGGCUGCUGAGGGGCUCGACCGUGCUGUGAAGCGGAUAGCAGGUGGAUUUAUGGUCCGCAAAACUGCGACUGCCAGCCGAGGGAAAUUAGUGGAACUUUGAGCUCCUGGAGGAUGCAGGUGACGUGCUGGUGCGCCGUGUUCCUCCUGACGCCCGCACUUUGUCUGGUAACAAGUGCCCACGCCUCAAAGUCAGAUAUUGUCAAGUCAGGAAGCCCCAAAUCCACACUAAAGCAUAUAUGGACAGAAAGCAGUAAGGAUAUGUCCAUCAGUAGGCUGCUGUCACAAACUCUACAUGGCAAAGAGAACAGCACAGCCUUGGACCUUCGCUAUGAUACUCCGGAACCCUAUUCUGAGCAGGACCUGUGGGACUGGCUGAGGAACUCCACAGACUUGCAGGACUCACGGCCGCGGGCCAAACGGCGGCCAAUGGUCAAGACGGGAAAGUUCAAGAAGAUGUUUGGCUGGGGGGACUUCCACUCUAACAUCAAGACAGUCAAACUCAACCUACUGAUCACUGGUAAGAUUGUGGAUCAUGGCAACGGCACCUUCAGUGUCUACUUCCGGCAUAACUCGACAGGCCAGGGCAACGUCUCUGUCAGCUUAGUACCUCCGACCAAGAUAGUGGAGUUUGAUGUGGCAGCGCAGCAGUCCGUUAUCGAUGCCAAGGACUCUAAGUCCUUUAACUGCCGCAUAGAAUAUGAGAAGGUGGAGAAGGGUGCCAAGAACACGCUCUGCAACUUUGACCCAUCCAAGACCUGCUACCAGGAGCAGACUCAGAGCCAUGUCUCCUGGCUCUGCUCCAAACCUUUCAAAGUCAUCUGCAUCUUCAUUUCCUUCUACAGCACCGACUACAAACUGGUGCAGAAAGUGUGCCCUGACUACAACUACCACAGUGACACUCCCUACUUCCCUUCUGGCUGACGUUCCAGUACACUCACAUACAAAAAAACGGAUGUGUGGAGCACAGACUCGGGCUUCUACCCAUACCAGAGAAAUGUGAAUGUUAGCUGUACUGUCCCUAAAAAUGUCCAUAACAGAGUGUCAACCAUCCCAAUUUAUUUCACAAUUCAAUGUUCUGAAAUCUGCAAAGAGAGCAGUUACUUGCUGCUAAAUGGUGGUAUUUAGGGCUGUUAUAUGCUUAGAAAUUACCUAUAAAAAUAAUGUUAUUUAUCAGUUAGGAUUAGGUUAUUUUAUCUGAAUUAUGUUUUGCCCUUAUUGCUCCUGUUGGGAUUAUCAUUGUUGCCCUUUGUUGUUUGUUUCAUGUUUAGUUCACACUUCGUUUCAAACUAGAUGUUGUUUGCUCUUUGUUCACAUUUUAUUUGUAAAACUUUGCCUCUUAGAGCAUAUGAACCCUUUGGACUACAACAUAUGGACUGGCUGACCCUGCUGUGCUAUUUAUGCUCUGCAGUUUAUCUUGCAUAACUGGAAAUCAAAAUUAACUCCUCAUUUCAAAAGAAUUUAAAAAAGAAAUCUCAGACUUUUUUUUACUAAACCCGCAAGGCAGCUGAAGAGGACAGUGAAGAUCCCUAUGAAAAAUGUAACUAUGUGGGGAGGAGCUGGAACUGAGCCGGCUUCUCCCUCGGGCAAGUCAGUCAGAAGAGAAAAAAUGUUCACAUGGUCAGAUACUGUAACACUGUCACUCUUCAGCUGUCAUCAGAGUGUUCCUGCUAGUGCAGCUAGAUGUUGAGAUUGUUGGGUAAUCAGUUCAUUCUCGGCUGACUUAUGAUCUGAUUACCAUACUGAUUGAUCAGUUGGCCGUUCGUUGGGGGAUGGGGCUUGCUCAUUGUCACUUAAUAUAUCAAAUGUAAUGUAUUGAAUUAUAUAUCUUAGAGCCUAAUUUGUAUGAAUGGUUUGUAUUGUACAUAGUUUAUCCGAAUUGCGCUGCUUCUGUACAUUCCCUCCAAGAGCUGUGUGUUUACCCUCUAACCGCUAAAUCAUCUUGUUCUCUCCAUUUAUGCUUGUUCUUGGUUCCUCUAACAAAGAAAAAGAUGUUGCUGCCCUAGGUGUGAAUUUCAUGAAAACAGCAAUCCUGUACAGAAGCUGUAAAACUGACUAAAUAUAUUAAAAGUACUAAUUGAAAGUUUCUUUA